CAUCAACUAAGUUUCUUCACUCUCAACUUCAUAAUAUCAACUUCAUUCUAAACAAUUAGAAAGAACAAAUUAUACAUGUCUCCACAAACCUAUAGAAUAUUAGUUAUUUAAGGAAGAUAUAUUAUUUAUAAUAUUAAAUAUACCGGGAAAGUAAUUAUAUGUGUGUGGGCGGGUACCCAUGGGGUGGGUUUACCCAAACCCAACCCGACCCGGUGAAUAGUGUAGCGGGUUUAAACCCGAACCCGGCCCAAAACCCGUCAACACGGAUUUUACCCGCGUUGACCGGGUUGGGUCGGGUGGGUACCCGUGGGUUCGGGUUUUGUUGCCAUCCCUACCGUCGAACUGUAUUACACUUGCCUCUCCAUUAGGGGUGUUCAAAUGGUUACCAUGGUAAUAACCAAACCAAUUAAACCUAAAUUUCAUUAACCAUGAGAAUAAGUUUUAAUAUUCUACCAUUUCCAACUCAUUUUCACAAUAAAGUAAAAUAAGCAUUUGUUCAAACACCCUGUAAGCGAAAUCGACAGAGCCAUAUUUUGCAUAGAGGUCGACUAAAUCCGACUCCACAAUGACAUCUCGCCACCCACCUCUCCUCACAUACUGGCAAUGAACUUCUUUACCUUGGAGCAACUCGUCCAACAAAUAGCGUCUGGUUGGAGCAACUCGUCGAACAGUUGGCGUGCAUCAUCGAGACCCGAAUUCCUUCCAUACAUAUCAAUCAACGCGCUGGAAAUUACAUGAUUGGGCCAAGCUGUUCCAGGAAAUAACGUCUUUGAAAUGGAGCCCGUCGAAAAGUCUCCUAGUCUCGACGAAAUCAGAACCCAACUUGAAGUAAAGCGCGAGCAAGCUGUUCCCCACAAAUCUAUCAGUCUCGAGGCCGGACUCACUACAUGGGCAUGAAUUUGAAGUCUAGAGCGAAAUGACAGAGCUUUAGUACUGGUUUGCAAAAGAGAAGCAAAUAGUAGAGGUUUAUUAGAGAAGACUCUCCAAUCAAUGACAUUAAGAAGGUGGAGGGCGGCCGGGAAAGAGAGCUUCCGAUUUGCAGCAUUCGAGAAUUUUCGAUUCAUUGGUUUAUUCACAAUCAAUAAAACAUUUAUUUAUUUUACUUUAUGGUGAAAAUGAGUUGGAAGUGGUAGAGAAUUACAAUUUAUUUUAUUUAUUAUUUUUUAAUUGUCAUGUCAUUGAGUUAACGGUCAACUUUAAGAGUUGACUGCCACAUCAGACACAUUUAACGGAGUUGGACGGAGAGUGACCAAACUUGAACCAUUUAACUAAUUUAAAUGACCAAGAUUGGAUUUAAAUAUUUUCAGUGACCAAACAUAAACGUUUUUUUAAUCUCAGUGACCAACCACGCACUUAACCCGUUUCUUAAAUGAAGGUUUAUAAAUCACCUUAAAAAUUGCAAAAAAUGUUUGGAAGAGGAGAAAAAUAAAGAUCGGAUUGAUCGAAACGAAUAAAAAAAAACAAAAAUGUAAGGAGCGGGAUCCACACAAGCAUUGCUUUGCUGUAGUGUGGAGCGUGUAGCAGGCAAUAAUUCCCUUACUACAUAAGCCAUUGAUUUGCUGUAAAAAUUGUAUCAUAAUUCAAGUUUCGUUUGGCGUCCGCCUCUCCUUCGUCCGUCGCGUUUCCGCCCACUUUUCCCCCUUCUCUCUCCAGCCCCCGCGCUUCUGCUAGGGUUCAGUGGUCACCGUCGCGCCUCGCCGAUCUGCCGCGACACCAGUCUCCAGUCUUCUCCUAUUCCGUAAGUAACAGUCUGCUAGUCUCGAUUCUCCUUAUGGUUUCCGAUUCACUAGGUUUGUCUUAGGGGGGCAGCUUGAUCUCUAGUGCUUGCCUCCUUUGGGUUUGUCCUGCUAUCCGAUGCGGCAGUAGAGUGCUUAGUUUUUUUGUUGGAUUGCCCAUUGGGACGCUCCUCUCGGUUUGAUUCGUUUCCGUCUAUGGUUUCCAAGCUUGAUCGAAUAUAUUAUCCUGCUUCUGAAUCCCUCACUCUUGUCCCCAUUCUGCAAUCUGAGUGCUUUGUCUGGGAAGACUAGCUUUCUGGGUUUUACAUGCUGUGAUCAAUUUGGACUGUGAAGAUGAAUUAGUCGGUUGAAAUAGUGAUUUGUUUGAGUUAGAAUCCAGCUCACUUUAGCUCUGCUGGGCAGGAAUAUGACAGCGAAGCAGAGUUUUUUUAAAUUUGGAUUUGCUCUUUUAUGUGUAUAGAGUUUGAAUUUACGAAGUCGGACUGCAUAAGUUGAUUAUGAGUGGUUUGAGCUAUGCGUUGCCCACUUGGAGAUGGAUUAUUUUCCAGGUGUUCUGAAAUCUUUGCCAAGUAAAAGUAGUGUUUUUGAGCGAGAAAGGGGAUGUCUUCGUUGUGUUCUUUACUUAUGAUACGGGCUCUUUGGACAUACGUUGAAUGAAGUGAUUUGGUGUCCUGUCUCCUCUAUACCAUGCAUAUAGAUGUGAUUGAUCCUCCAUGUCAAAUCAUUGUCAAUCAUUCUGCCAUUUCCCCCUCUAUUUGAUGUUACAUAUAUGCUUACUGAAAGAUGAUGAGGGGAGCUGUAGAUCAUAGACAGAACAAUAAUGUCAUGAAAACUUCUUUCUUGUGCUACUUUUCUUCUCUAUAUGGCGCUUUAUGCUAUCAACCUGCACUUCUGCAUCUGAUGUUAUACAGUAUUUAGUCAUCAGUCUGACUUUUUUUUUUGUACAGAUACAUCAUGGCCAUGGAGGUGACUCAGCUGCUUUUGAACGCACAAUCGAUAGAUGGUAGUGUCCGGAAGCAAGCUGAAGAUAGCUUGAAGCAGUUCCAAGAGCAAAAUCUCCCUGCCUUUUUGUUUUCUCUCUCUGGUGAGCUGGCCAAUGAAGAUAAACCUGCUGAUAGCCGGAAGUUAGCUGGUUUGAUACUAAAAAAUGCUCUAGAUGCUAAGGAACAACAUAGGAAGUUUGAGCUUGUUCAGAGAUGGUUGAUGUUGGAUGCUACAGUAAAGAGUCAGAUAAAAUCAUGCUUGUUAAAGACACUUUCUUCUCCUGUACCUGAUGCUCGUUCAACUGCGGCCCAAGUAGUUGCCAAAGUUGCUGGAAUUGAGCUCCCUCAGAAGCAGUGGCCUGAGCUGAUUGGAUCUCUUUUGUCCAAUGUUCAUCAGCUACCUCCUCAUGUCAAGCAAGCUACACUGGAGACUCUUGGUUACUUGUGCGAGGAAGUCUCUCCUGAUGCUGUUGAUCAGGAUAAUGUGAAUAAAAUCUUGACUGUUGUUGUUCAAGGGAUGAGCUCGUCGGAAGGAAACAAUGAUGUGAGACUAGCUGCCAUUCGAGCAUUAUACAAUGCCCUAGGCUUUGCUCAAGCGAACUUUAGCAAUGACAUGGAGCGUGAUUAUAUCAUGAGAGUUGUUUGUGAGGCUGCUCUGUCGAAAGAAGAGAAGAUCCGUCUGGCAGCUUUUGAAUGUCUGGUGUCGAUUGCGUCGAUGUACUACGAGAAGUUAACUCCUUAUAUGAAUGACAUUUUCACCAUCACAGCAAAAGCUGUGAGGGAAGAUGUAGAGUCUGUAGCCCUUCAAGCAAUUGAAUUCUGGAGUUCAAUUUGUGAUGAGGAGAUAGACAUCCUAGAAGAGUAUGCUGGUGAGUUUACUGGGGACUCGGAUGUACAAUGCUCCUAUUUUGUCAAGCAGGCUCUCAAUGUUCUUGUACCAAUUUUGUUGGAGACACUUUUGAAGCAAGAGGAGGAUCAGGAUCAGGAUGAAGGGGCUUGGAAUAUUGCAAUGGCUGGGGGAACAUGCCUUGGGCUCGUUGCCCGCACUGUUGGAGAUGAUAUUGUACCACUUGUUAUGCCAUUCAUCGAGGAGAAUAUAACAAAACCUGAUUGGAGACAGAGAGAGGCAGCUACUUAUGCUUUUGGCUCAAUUUUGGAGGGUCCUUCUCCUGACAAGUUGACACCUAUUGUCAAUGUUGCUUUGAACUUCAUGUUAUCAGCUCUAACGAAGGACCCAAAUACUCAUGUGAAAGAUACCACUGCUUGGACUCUUGGACGUAUUUUUGAGUUUCUCCAUGGUUCAACAAUGGAUGCGCCUAUCAUUACGCCGGCAAAUUGCCAGCAAAUUGUUACUGUUCUUCUUCAAAGUAUGACGGAUGUACCAAAUGUAGCUGGGAAGGCCUGUGGGGCACUCUACUUCCUUGCUCAAGGUUAUGAGGAUGUGGGUCCAUCCUCCCCUUUGACUCCAUACUUCCAGGAAAUUGUUCAGGCCCUUCUCACGGUCACUCACCGUGAAGAUGCAGGCGAGGGUCGGUUAAGGACUGCUGCCUAUGAAACACUGAAUGAGGUGGUUAGGUGUUCAACAGAAGAAACUGCCACUCUGGUGUUGCAACUAGUUCCUGUGAUAAUGUUGGAGCUUCACAAUACACUUGAGGGUCAGAAGCUCUCAUCUGAUGAAAGGGAGAAGCAAGGUGAAUUACAUGGUCUUCUAUGUGGGUGUUUGCAGGUCAUCAUCCAAAAGCUAGGCGCGUCCGAUCAGACCAAGUAUGGGUUCAUGCAGUUUGCUGACCAAAUAAUGGGUCUCUUCCUUAGGGUGUUUGCUUGCAAAAGUGCGACAGUGCAUGAGGAGGCCAUGCUUGCUAUCGGAUCUCUUGCCUAUGCAUGUGGCCCAGAAUUUGCUAAGUACAUGCCGGAAUUCUACAAGUAUUUGGAGAUGGGUCUUCAGAACUUUGAAGAGUACCAGGUGUGCUCUGUUACAGUUGGAGUGGUAGGCGAUAUCUGCAGGGCACUAGAAAACAAAGUCCUACCUUACUGCGAUGGGAUCAUGACACAGCUUCUGAAGGAUUUGUCGAGCAACCAGUUGCAUCGAUCUGUUAAGCCACCUAUAUUCUCCUGCCUUGGCGACAUUGCACUGGCAAUAGGACAGGAUUUUGAAAAGUAUCUGAUGUAUGCCAUGCCAAUGCUCCAAAGUGCUGCGGAAUUGUCUGCCCACACUGCAGGUGCUGAUGAUGAGAUGAUUGAGUACACAAACUCUCUUAGAAACGGAAUCUUGGAGGCAUACUCUGGAAUUCUUCAAGGGUUUAAGAACUCGACUAAGACCCAACUCUUGAUUCCCUAUGCACCACACAUCCUCCAGUUUUUGGAUAGUAUUUACGUGGAAAAGGAUAUGGAUGAUUUGGUUAUGAGAACAGCUAUUGGGGUACUUGGAGACUUGGCAGACACAUUGGGAAGUAACGCAGGAACUAUGAUACAGAAUUCUGUUUCUAGUAGAGAUUUUUUAAAUGAAUGUUUGUCUUCAGAAGACGGUUCGAUUAAGGAAUCUGCUGAAUGGACCAAGUUGGCCAUCACCCGUGCGAUUUCUGCCUGAGGUUAUUGUGCUGCUUUGGCAUGUUUCUUUUUGUUUUUAGAGUCCUGCAUGCAUCUUGAGAGUCAGGUCCGGGGUUGCAUUCCGUGUCAGGUCAUCGUCAUCUGCAAUUUUCUGAUAAAAGAGGGUCUUCAGUCAGUCACUAGCUCUUGAGUCAGCUUCAUGGGGUUGAUUGAGUCAUGAGGUCUCGGAGGGGGGAUUGGAUUGUCAGUCGCUUCAAAGAUGGUGGGUCGAAGUCGUCGUCGUCAUCAGUUGAAAGGGGUUGUUGAAAAGUGGCGUCAUCAUAUUGCAUAGAGUUGGGUACACAAGUCAGUCACCGCAAGGGCAGUGAGUUGGUUGAUAGAGACACAAGUCAAGUCAGGCAGCCGAGUUGGUGGUCGAUUGGUGGGUGUAGGUCGGUCGGUCAGUCCUUACAUGGUGCUAGAGCUGUUUCACUGUAUUACUACCCGUAAGGUCUGAGUUCUUAAACCCUUAGGUCAGGUCGAUGGCUGGCUGCAAUGGGGUUGUUCAAAGUUUUGUGGCUACUUGAAGACCUCCUGGGGCCAAACAUGCAUGCAGAAGAUCCAGAUUCUGUUGCUCAGUUUCCUUUUUUUUUUUCUUUCUUCCUUUUUCUAUUGGGGGAUUCACAUUUUUCAUUCCUCUUUCUGUUUAGUAUCCAUCCCCAUUUCCUGUAUCUGUCAUCAUUAAUGUCUAUUACUGUUGUCAUGGUCAGGCUGUACUUAGAAGAAGACUUGGCAGCUUCUUUUUUUUUUCUUUUUUUGAGGUUGGCAUACUUGGUUGGUUGGUCGGGAGGAGGUCUCAUCUUCAACAGUUAUUAUUGAGGGGGAAAUUGCAUCUUGCAUUGCAUUAUUCAAUUUUUUGUUUGUUGUUUUUAUUACAGGUCUGAAAGUAAAAAAAGGUGAUUAUAUAAAUCUUUUGCAUUCAUGGAAUGAAUGAUACAAAUGUUGGUUCCAAAUCAUCUUCAUCUGCUGUUUAACAUAUUGUGUUUGAAAGAUAGCAGCUGUUACAGAUUUACAGUAAAGGAUCAUCAUGAUUUAUGGGUACCAUUUGUUACCAAAUCCUCCUUUCCUGGCGCGGAAGCCUUGAAAAGGAAAGGAGAGCUAUAUGCAUCUUCUAUACCUCAAUGCAGGUAGUGGUUUUUGCUGAUUUGCUGAUGCAAAGCGGGUGAAAGGAACAUGGAAUGUUUUAAGCUGUCGUCACUGUCGUGUACAAUCAGAAAAUUAUCAGCUGAAGGAACUCACAAAUUGAAGGUUUCUGGAAAACAUUUCGUUGGCGAUGGUCUGUCAUCGUCGUCGACGCCAAAUUCCUCGGCUCGACAAUCUCGGACCUGUCUUCAGGGGGAAUCCGAACGAAUUUCGUUCCUGCUCAGCUGUUGUCGGAUUCCCCCCCUCUAGACGGGUCCUCUGAUGAUUGUCGUGUCGGAGAAUUUGCCCGUCGACGACGACCACCACCGCGCGCAGCUGGGCUGAUCAGUUCUAGUAACAUUACACCCACCAGAAGAUUAACCGUUGUCAAUGUUAUAGCUCUCGAUCGAGCUGGUAGCUGUAUGUGGAUAGUUACGUACGUUUCCUCUGUUUUUUUUUUCUUCCUCCCCUGUAUGCGCUGUUGGCGGAGAAAACUGGAGUUCGAUCGCCGGCAAAUCCCUGUAAGAAAGUGACGUUACAGACAAACAAAAGAUGCUCUUGUCC